AUGACUUCCAUGGCUACUACUACUGAUGCACUCACCAGUGCCCCAGUAUAUCAGACCGGCCUGUUGGCAAAUGCGCCAGAUAACCUUGACGCCAAAAUCUCAAGUGAAAUUCAUGCGUUCGAUCAUGAACCUUCCCUCGAUGAGGAUGGUCUAUCACGUCCCACUGAAGAAGAGAGAACUACACUCCGCAGAAUUUCUGGUUCAAUUCCAUGGACUGCUUAUAUGAUCUGUCUCAUCGAAUUUGCAGAGCGCGCAAGCUAUUAUGGUUGCCAAUUUGUCUUCUCGAAUUUUGUUCAAUUCCCACUCCCCAAAGGAGGAAGUGGGGCUGGCGCAACCCCCAAAGGUACUCAGCUUACACCAGGCGCUUUGGGUAAAGGCCUUACUGUUUCAUCUGCCCUUGGUCUCUUGUUCAAAUUUUUAGCAUAUACAGUACCUGUCUUUGGAGGGUGGCUCGCAGACACAAAAUUAGGACGUUUCAAAACUAUCUGUAUCGGAGUUUUCGUCUUCGGAGUUGCGCAUCUUGUUUUGGUUCUUGGAGCCUUACCUAGUGUAUUACAAGCUGGUCAUGGCAUGGCACCAUUUGUUAUUGGAAUUUUGAUCUUGGCUUUGGGAGCUGGUCUAUUUAAGAGUAACGUUUCUCCCAUGCUUCUCGACCAGGACACACAAAAGGGACUCAUAGUCAAGACUCUCCCCGAUGGGGAACGUGUUAUUCUUGACCCUGAAGUCACUGCUCAGAGACUCGCUCUAGCCUUCUAUGGUAUGGUUAAUGUUGGCGCAUUUUUUGGUCUUGCUACAACAUAUUCUGAAAAGAGAGUUGGGUUCUGGCUGGCUUAUGGACUACCAAUGGUUCUUUACCUCUUACUUCCGAUACUGCUAUGGGCAAUAAAUAAACGACUAGUCAAAUAUCCACCGCAAGGAAGCGAUCUCGGAAAGUUUUUCAGAGUUAUCCGUACCUCCCUGAGAAGAAAUGAUCUGAAAAAAUUUGGUCGCAAGGGUUAUCUCGAUGCUGCAAAACCUUCCGUUCUCGCUGCAGAAGGUAUCACUGGUGAACAUAAUGGUAAGCCAGUAGACUGGGAUGACAAUUUUGUCGAGGAUGUCAAAAGAUCUUUGGAAGCCUGCACUAUCUUCUUGUUCUUCCCAAUCUACAUCUUGAAUGAUGGAGGUAUAGGAAACAUUACGACAUCCCAAGGCUCAGCAAUGGUGACCAAUGAUGCACCCAAUGAUAUUCUCAACAAUUUCAAUGCUCUUACUGUUAUCGUUACCAUCCCCAUUCUUUCUUACGGAGUUUAUCCACUUCUCCGUCGCCAUAAGAUUCAUUUCGGUCCCAUCAAGAGAAUAACAUUUGGCUUUUUUAUUGCCGCGGUUUCAUCUGCCAUUGGCGCGAUCACUCAAUGGAGAAUCUACGAAACGUCUCCAUGUGGAUAUUAUGCCACUGGUUGCGAAAUAGGAACCGGUGUUGCUCCACUUAGUAUCUGGUGGCAACUUCCUCAAUGGAUGAUUGGAGGUAUAUCGGAAUGUUUUUGCAAUGUCACUGCCCUUGAACUCGCGUAUUCAAGAGCUCCUGCAAACAUGAAAGGUCUUGUCACUUCCAUGUACUUGUUUGCUACAGCCCUCUCUGCUGCAAUUGCACAAGCUUGUACUCCGAGUUUAGUGGAUCCGUAUUUGAUUUGGCCUUAUGUUGCACCAGCGGUAUUGGGAACUUUGAUGGCGAUCUGGUUCUACUUUUUGUAUAGGCACCUUGAUGACGAUGAGUAUGUUAGAGGUGGCGUCGGUGAUACUUUGGGCGAGGAACCGACGGUGGAGCGUAGGGAGUCAAUUAGGACUGGUAGUGCUAUUUAA